AUGUGAACAUCACUUGGAUAUUCAUUAUGAAUUUCUUUUCGAUCUGUUUAUAUAGAAGUGUAUAAAUCUUUUCUGAUGUAUCCCUUAAUUCUGCUAGUGAUUGGCUGCUUGCUGAAUACAAUCAAGGCUGACAAUCAUCUCAACAAUAUGACUUUUCCCGAUACUUUUAUGUUUGGUUGUGCAACAGCGGCUUAUCAAAUAGAAGGUGGAUGGAAUGCGAAUGGUAAAGGUGAAAGUAUUUGGGAUAGAUUUACGCAUCAAGUACCGUCACCUAUCAAAAAUAACGAUACCGGUGAUGUAGCUUGUGAUUCAUAUCACAAAUAUAAAGAGGAUGUUGCUCUUUUGGUUGAUCUAGGUGUCACCCAUUACAGAUUCUCGAUAUCAUGGUCGAGGAUUUUACCAACAGGCUUGAUAAACGAAAUAAACUUGGACGGAGUAGAUUAUUACCGAGCAUUGAUACACGAACUUAAAGAAAACAACAUUGAACCGUUUGUAACUUUGUUCCAUUACGAUACACCUCAAGGUAUAGAAGAUUUGGGUGGUUGGCGCAACCCUUUCAUAGAAACAUGGUUUUCCGAUUACGCGAGAUUAUGUUUCGAACUAUUCGGGGAUGACGUGAAAUAUUGGAUGACUUUCAACGAAGCUAAACAAACUUGUGUACUUGGUUACGGCACUGGUGUAUACGCACCUGGAGUUAAGUCACCAGGAGUUGCUGAAUAUAUGUGUAUACAUAAUGUUUUAAAAGCUCAUGCUGCUGCCUGGCACGUUUAUAAUGAUGAAUUCAGGACUACGCAGAAAGGUCAAGUUGGAAUCGUCAUCGACUCCAGUUGGUUUCAGCCGGAAAAUGAAUCUCUGCAAGCUGAUAUAGAUGCAUCUGAGACACUUCUUCAAUUUACGUUUGGUAUAUUCGCAACUCCCCUUUAUAUGGGCGAUUAUCCUGAUAUUGUAAAAGAAAACGUGGAAAGACGGAGUCUAGCUCAAGGGUAUCUGAGAUCAAGACUUCCAGAAUUCACGGAAGAAGAAAAAAUCAAAUUAAAAGGUACAGUCGACUUAUUAGGUGUAAACACAUAUACAUCCAGUAUGGUGAGACCACUUGAUGUACCUGAUCCAGAAGGUAAAGGUUUGAAUUCAGACUGUGAAGUUUACCAAUAUCAACCAGAUGAUUGGGAGAAGACCGAUGAUGUUUGGAUGAGGGUGACUCCAUGGGGAUCAGGAGAGCUUGUGAAGUGGAUUGCCAGAACUUACGGAAAUCCUCCAAUGAUUAUAACAGAAAAUGGUAGAUCAGAUACUGGCACAUUAGAUGAUGACGCUAGAAUCACCUUUCUAAUGGAAUAUAUUAGUAGUAUUAAAAAUGCGAUGGAUGAUAAUAAUCUUGACAUAAGAGGAUAUACUGUCUGGAGUUUACUUGAUAACUUUGAAUGGUUAUUUGGAUAUUCAAGCAAAUUUGGACUGUACCAAGUGGAUUUCGACAGCCCUGAUAGAACUAGAACUCCAAAAAAAUCUGUAGAAUAUUACAAGAAGUUGAUUAGAACAAGAUGUAUUGUCGAUAGUUGUGUUAACUGAAUGAUAGAAAUUAUUUUGCAAAUGAAUAUUGAUUAGUAUGGUUUUA